AUGACUACAUUUUCAAAAUCAGGAUUCAAGACAUUAAACUACAACUCAUUUCGCCCCCACUACCCACCUUCCUUUUACAAGGUCUUGAGUCAAUAUGUUCAAAAGGGACAACAGCAACAUGAAUUACCAGUAGCUAAGGCAAUUGACUUGGGCUGUGGUACAGGCGUUGCAACAUAUCCCUUAUUGAAUUUUGUUCGUUAUGUCAUUGGGCUAGACUUGUCACCUCUGAUGAUUAAUACCGCCAAUUCGCUUGUCCCACAGCGAUUGAAAGAAAUGGGCAUUGAUCCAAGUGACUCAAGAAUAACGUUUCAAGUGGGGUCAGCCGAAAGUUUUGUCAACAGUCUGGACAAUGUUGAGGCCAGUUCGGUUGACUUGAUUACCGCUGCACAAUGUAUUCAUUGGUUUCAGGAUUAUGACAGCUUCUUUCAAAGCAGUGCCAAGUUGUUGAAGUCGGGUGGGACCUUGGCUUAUUUUUAUUAUAUCGAUCCUAUGAUUGUUAAUUUUUCUGGUCCAUCCCAGGGUAUAAAAGAAGACAUUUUGGAAAAAGCCUACGAGGUGUAUUUGAAGUUUGCAUACAAUGAUCCAAACUUGAUUGGUCCACACUGGGAACAGCCGGGAAGGAAUAUCUUGAAAAACUUUUGUGAAGAAGUGAACUCGCAUAUCCCUCGAGAUGAGUUCACUGAUAUCACUAUCAACACUUACAAAGCUAGUGCAACAAACCCAAGUGCUGAUACUGCUCAAGAGUUGGACUUGAAGAAAUUAAACAUUAGCUUGCAAGAAUACUUGGCCUAUUUUGAAACCUAUAGCGGUUUUCAUAAUUACAAAGAAAAAACGGGCAAUGUAGAUUUAAUCAAAGCAGAUUUUGUGAAAGAGUUGGUCGAUGCAACCGGAUGGGAUUUGGAAAAAACAAAGGUUGAUUUGGUGUGGAAUACUGGGUACACCUUCAUUAGAAAAAAGUAG